AUGAUCUCUCAUUAUCAUCCUUCUCAACACCAACCAAAACAAGAACAUGUUCAAACCGAACACAACCUCUCACCUCAUCAUCAUGAUGGCACUACGACUUGUCAUGAUGAACAAGGUGGUCAGCAUGAUCUAACGACUCGGCUCAUCCUCUCCAAGAUGAUCAUUUACAAUUCGGAACGUUUGUUUCGGCCGAAACAACAACAAGAUGACCCAACAACAAGUGUCUUGAAGACGACAGCCCACGAACAACCUCCUUCAUCGAUGAAUCCAGAGAAAGCCUCGAUCCACACUGAUAGUAAUAAUAACAACAACAAUAACAACAAUAACAACAACACUACUGUACAGGAUAAUACCUCCCCAUCUUCUCCAUCCUCCUCCUCCUCCUCCUCAGCACCACCUCACUCUUCAUUGGAAUUCCAACCCAAAAUCAAUGUGGCUGCUCUCUCCGAACGAUGCACGGUCCUUCUCGUCCUUCGUCGUUACCUCAAAGGCAAUGGAUGUGGUUUUUGCAAUAGACGUCUAUCCCAGAUCAUCGAGUGGUACAAAUCCUUGUUGCAACUCGGAGUGGUACCUGUGAUCCUUCAUGGAGAGUAUGAACACGAAGCAGAUGAAUUCUUCUACUCAUUGAAAUUUCAGAAUGUUUCCAUCCUUCGGGACAUGUUGAGAGUGUCGGAUCCAAACUAUCUUCUCGCUCAACAAUUAUUCCAUGAUCCCAAAUGCAACAAGCCUCUCUCCUUUCAAGAUCCCAAAUGCAUUAAAGGUUUGAAUGUCUUUAAGGAAUACAUUCGUGCGAGAGGGGAAGGCUUUUCAUUUGUAAAUCCUUCACAACAUGAAGCACUUGGCAUUGGUCAUGGUACGAAUACACUCCUUCCGAAAAUGGUUUUAAUUCGAAAAGGGAGAGUGGAACAUGUGUUUGAUCAUGAAUUGCAAGAGAGAGCUCCCGAUGUGUUGGUCACUGUGGUCUUGUCCUUGCCUUGGUUAGCAAAUUCGAGUGGUGGUAUUAGUGGUGGUGGACAAGAUUCAAACCUUGAAUUCAGAGACUCUUCCAGUGAUACUGGUAGUAGUAGUUGUCAUGAUGGUCGAAGAGAAAGUUGUUCCAACUCGGAGAUGAGAAGAUCUUCGGUCACCUCCACUCACUCAUCACCGUCUUUACAGGAAGAGCACUUGCGAGAGAUACAACAACAAAUGAAUGCUCAAUUACAGACUCGUGUUCAUGCAGGUAGCAAUGAUGAUCCUUAUCUUCAUUUGGAUACAUUCAAGAAGGAAAACAAUCACCAGAGAGUGGAUGUCAUCAGCGAACAUAAAGAUCCUGUCUUUCCUAUGAAUGAAGAAGGUGUCGAACAACAAGACAAACAAGAGGAAGUUCAUCAUCAACGAUCGAGAAUUUACCACACUGAGGAACUAUUACAUCAACAACAUCAAGAACAACAGAAAGAGACAAAACUCUCGCAACAAUUAACUUGUUCUCCUUGUGACAACCCUAAUGUGACAGAAUUGCGAUCAUCUUUUCGUGUGGAUGAAACAACUCAGAGAGAGGCACUAGCACUGACAAGUGUCAACAAAACCAUCCAAUCCACCACAAUGGUAUUUGAUCCUUCCAUUAUGACAAAAAACAUUCAACCUGUAAAGAAAGUGCAUAAGAAAUUUGAAUUCCAAGUCAUCUCUAAGGAAAGAAAAAUUUCUGAAGAAAACAAACAAACCGCAUUCGCUAAAAAAGAGUUACGAAAGAGAAAGAAAAAAUCGAGAACUUGUUUGAACUCUGCUACUCUCUCUCAAGAAGAGAUUAAAGCAAAAAAAGAAGACUUUACUCUUCGAUCUGUGUUAGAUUGUGACAACAAAAGAAGGUAUUUCAAACUAUUCGCUCUGAGAGAAUUCAAUGCAGAAAAUAUCUUGUUUUAUGAGCAUGUAAAAACUUACAAAGAAAUCUAUCAGAAAUCAUUGGAAUGCACAAAUUCUCGACAAUUAAGCUUUUCUCGUAUCACAUUGGAACACAAAGCAAGAACCAUUGCUCAUGAAUUUUUAUUCGAUGAAGACAGUGUGAAUUUACUCAAUACGACAGGCAAGUUGAAGGAGAUUGUGGCUCAAAAGAUGUCCACAAAUGGAUUUUUUACAUCACUAGAAGCUUAUGAAUUAUUUGACUCCAUUGUACAUGAGAUUAUGAGUACCAUCAUGCCAGAUAUGUUCCUUCGAUUCACAAUUUCUAAUGAGUUUAAGAUGAUGAUUGAGGAUUUGAAAUCAAAGAAAAAAACCUCUUGGAAAGGCCUAUAA